AUGAGAGUAACAACCAUUUAACCAUUUUGGUAGUUAGUUUGGACUGGCUUGGUCCUUACCAUUCUCCCCUAUAUUGUCCUUUCCUCCACUUCCCCUCUCUCAUCUCUCCUCCUCUCACAUCUCUUCUUCAUCCCUGCAUCAGAAGUGUCAGAACGUGUCCUACUGCGGGCAGCAGUGUGGCUCUCUGCGCUACGGCACUGGCACUGCUGGCACUGACACGGGCACUGUUGGCACUGGAGCUUCUCCCUGCCCGUCAUCGUCAUGCCACCAACAGUCACCAUGCCCGCCACCGUGCCACCCUCACCAGGGCUGCCAACGCGGCUGUUACCACAGCCUGCUUCACAACAACCACAUGAACCAUGAACACAUGAACCACGCCCUCAACCACACCCUCAACCACGCCCAUAACCACGCCCACAACCAUGGACAAAAACACAACAAGUACCCCAACAGCAAAUCAGUACGUCAACCACAGUAGAUAGCCGCUGUGCUUGCUGUGUCUUAAAGUAACAGUGUAGUAUUCUUAGCAGUUCUUGUAAAGUUAUUAUGUGGUAGAAAAGUGCAUUAUCCACUACGUUUCCAGCAAUGGUUCCCAAACUGUGGCUAUACCCCCUUGUGGUCCAGGAAAUGUCUUUCAAUUUAUUUCAUAUAAAUGGUAUUAGCCUGCAAAACAUAACAACUCAUGUUUUAUUAUGGUCCGUUGGGGGGGGAAAGUCUGGAAACCACUGAGCUGCAAAGUAGAUUAGCGCCAGCAGGUUUUUAUAGUUUUAGCUGCAACCAGUCAAAGUUGUUUUAUGCUGGUGUUUUUAUAUCUAUAUAGAUGUGUUUUUAGAUUAAGUUUUGGGAUCCAAAUGUUGUUUUGUUCUUGCAUCUGUUCCAAUGAUAAUUCAGCCAGAAGUGAUUUGGGUUAUCUUGUGCUUAAGUGGUUUCCAGUGUUGGCUGAACCCAAGGCUAAUGUGAAUGCCCUCCUCAAUAACGUCUGGACAAACUGUAGUUUGUAAUGAUGCUGACGGUUAACCUGACUUACUUUCUAUACUCAGCCUGUGUGUACGUGUGUGGGAGUGCGUACAUACGUGCUAAGAUGAGGGAGAUAGAGAUGGAGAGAGCGAGAGAGAGAGAGCGAGAGGAGAGAGGAGAGAGAGAGAGAGGAGAGAGAGGAGAGAGAGAGAGAGAGAGAGAGAGAGAGAGAGAGAGAGAGAGAGAGAUUAGUUUAAAUCCUCAAUUGUCCGUUUAGGCGAGAGCCAUUUGUGCGGCUGUGUGAUUUGCGUACUAAGAGCUUUCCUCUCCUCUGAGGCCUGUAUUCAUUCUCUCCCGUGCUCUUUCCCUUUCAAAUGUUCUCUUUCUCUUUCUGUCCCUCUAUCUUUCUCUCUCCUUCUCUCUGCCAUUCCCCUCCCUCCAUCUUCCUCCAUCUCUUGGUAUUGUUUGGUAUUUUAUCAGGAUCCCCAUUAGCUGUUGCGAAAGCAGCAGCUACUCUUCCUGGGGUCCACAUCUCUCUCUUCCUCCCUCUUCUUCUCUCUCUUUCCCUUUCCUUCCCUCCUUCCCUCCUUCCCUCCCUCUCUCUCUGUCGUGCCCAAAAGGCUUUAUACUUUAAUAUCCAAACAAAGGCUUUUGUGAGUGGGUUCCGUGGAGGACGCUAGGCGGAUUGGUGCUGUGGGGAGAGAGGAGAAGAGAGAGUGGAGAGGCCUAGGUCUGCAUGGCAAUGUGGUGCCACAUUUAGUUUCACAUUCACAUUUGAGAGGUUUGCAUGGAGGCCAUUUUGGAAAGGAACACUGGAACUUUCCCUCAUUCAAUCCAAGCAAUCUGUUUGUGUGGUGCUGUUUGUGUUGCUUCUUUUACAAAGUUAUUUGUUCCAACCACUCAGAGUUGAGGGGAAAUUCUCUCGUGAAGGUUACAAAAGACAAGCUGAGGGAAACAAGAGCAGGAGGCUUUAGGUAGAGCUGGUGUUUGGUUGAAAGAGAGGACAGUAAAUAACUUGAAAGAGACCAGUGACUUGAGAUGGCCAUUGCAGAACAGACAAAAAUGGCAAUAUAGCUGUUAAUGUGCUUCAGAUGAUGCACCAAGAAAUAUGUAGAGUAGAUGUAGAAGUGUUUGAUUAAAGGAGGGCAAGGGUAGAGAAGUUGAAAUAGACCAGGGACUUAUUAUCAGUGGCAAUAUUCUUUUUCUCUCUGUACCAUCUGUAGCACCAUUAGAAAGGUGUAGUCUAACAUCUCUGUCUUUGUCUCUAAAUCAUCUGUAGCACCAUUAACAAGGUGUAGUCUAACAUCUCUGUCUUUGUCUGUAGCAUCAUUAGAAAGGUGUAGCCUAACAUCUCUGUCUCUAAAUUAUCAUCUGUAGCACCAUUAACAAGGUGUAGUCUAACAUCUCUGUCUUUGUCUGUAGCAUCAUUAGAAAGGUGUAGCCUAACAUCUCUGUCUCUAAAUUAUCAUAUGUAGCACCAUUAACAAGGUGUAGUCUAACAUCUCUGUCUCUAAAUUAUCAUCUGUAGCACCAUUAACAAGGUGUAGUCUAACAUCUCUGUCUCUAAAUUACCAUUUGUAGCACCAUUAACAAGGUGUAGUCUAACAUCUCUGUCUCUAAAUUAUCAUCAGUAGCACCAUUAACAAGGUGUAGCCUAACACAUGAGCGACAUCACACACUGUGUGUCUGUGUAUUGGUGUGAUGUUAUUUUCAUCUUUCAAAAGCACCUCUCCUCUCAGCUUCAGUCGUUUCUGUUUCAUCUGUGAGGGCCUUCCCCUGGUUGCUAGGGCUGUCUGGCAUCAAUAUGGCUGGCUGGCAUCAAUAUGGAAUGGACAUUUUUUCAAUUGCUAACAAGCAUCGGUCAAUACUGAAGCCACUUUUUCUAAACUCUUCACACAGUCUGCAUUACCAACAUGCAUCUUGGCCAAACAGUUAAUCUCACCUCCAAAACUCACUCAAACCACCAAAACACUUCAUACAUGUCUCAAAAUAAGUUCGUUCGACCAUAACACUGGCAACAAUUCUCACUCAGAAAGCAUAUAUUGUCACUCAUAACACACUGACCUAAAAAACACUAACAACAGGGAGCAUUACAUAAAUUAUUAACUUUUCUCUUUGAAGUUUGAAUGAUUUUUCACAUAAAUCAGUAUUUCAUUAUAGAAUAAGAAUAACACCUUUUCACUUUAUUGACUGUACUAAAGUAUAUGUAACAAGAAUGAUUCAGAAAUGCAGCAAUUUGCUUCAAUCUUUACAUAUAGUAAUUUACUUGUGAAAAAUAAAAAGUUGAAACAAAAAACAAAAUCCUGAAAUUCCAGGGCUGCAAUAAUAAUUUACAAAAAAAACAUCAACAACAUGUAUAGGAUAAUCACGCAUACUGUACAGUACUGUGAGGUGUUCUAGUUCUCCCUCUCUCCUGCAUUUGGCCACAAGUUCUCAUAUUGAUACCGGAGUUCUUUCACACUUUCACUGUUUAUCUCAAAGGGUACAGUGUACAUCUGCUUCAUCCCUAGUUUAUGUUAUUUUAUGUUUCUGACCGUCUUCACAUUCCCAAAAGGGAUAUUGUCUGCCAGCACCCUGUCCCGAAUUUCCCACAGUUUUAUUGCAUUGUUGCCAAUUACCAUGGCAACAAUGGCAAUUUCCUGCGCAUCUGAUAAUAUUCUGGCUCUCCCUCCUAUGGGAGGCAAGCUUUGGAUCCUACUGAAAAACACAAAACAAUCAAUAUAUUUCCAAAUGUCAGUACAUGUUAAAAUGUGAACAUACUGUGUUGUACGGUAAUAUGUAGUUCAAUUAUCAUUGAACGAUGCACAUCACACCUGUUUUUGCUGGAAAAUGUGUACUAUUGAUGCAACUGUUGAAUGCUGCAGAUUUGGUUUCACCCUUAAACCGGCCUCUCUCAAAGAGAGACCAUGGUUUACAACAUGGACAAUAAUUGUGGCCCUUAUCUCAUCAGGGACCACCACUCUUGGUCUUCCUCUCCUUUGUCCUCCACGCAUUCUCCCUCAACCCUGCCCCUCUCCCUCUCCCUCUCCCUGCCCUCUCCUCUCCCCUCUCUCUCUCCCUCUCCCUCUCCCUCUCCCUCUCCCUCUCCCUGCCACUCUUCUUUCCCCACCAACCGGUCUUCCUUGAUCCAUGUUUCCAAACUAAAUCAUUCAAAAGCCGUCCUCUUUUGUCUGUUUGGUAACGAGACUAAAACAGGACACUUGGGUAGGCUUUCAACUGAACUUGCAAUCAGCUGUGUUUGGAGUGAUUCAAUAUUCUGCUGAGAUUUUCAAUAUGUUUCAAUCUGGUUACUGCAGAAAUGCACGACAUUUGCCAUCAUUCUGUUUUGAAUGUGUUUUUAACCGUUUUGGAAACAGUGUGUUAGCAUUUGAAAACGUGCUGCAAAUAUAUAGUUUUGCAGGUGGUGGAAUAUAAAUGAGAAAAGAGUUCAUGGAUUUCGGAGAAUGUGGUCAUUGAAUACAUUUUGUGUGAAAGCAAUGAAAAAUGAUUCACAGUUUGGUCCAGGUACACUUCUGUUUCGCUGACUGUGUGAAGAGUUUUGACAAUGUGACUUCAGUUUUGACCAAUCCAUGUUAGCAAUUGAAAAAAACUGUAAUCGCUGUCUCUUGAUGUUGUAUUAGUUGGAAUAGAAUAUUUGACUACUGUCUGUAUUAUUCUGUUUCCCAAUGUUUCCCCAAAACCAUACUAUACCUAUUACACACACAGACGCACACACACACACAUACACAAACACACACACACACACACACACACACACACACACACACACACACACACACACACACACACACACACACACAAACACACAUACACACACUGCUGUGUAACUGUCUCUCUUCUUCCCCAUGCUUUCUGCCAGUCGGACUUUGAAAAAGAUGUGGACCUGGCGUGUCAAACAGGUAUAUUCUCUCUCUCUCUCUCUCUCUCUCUCUCUCUCUCUCUCUCUCUCUCUCUCUCUCUCUCUCUCCCUCCCUCUCUCCAUCACACUCUUUUGAAUCAGUCUAACAUGCUGUCAAUGUGCACAGGGGAGCACUACGCUAUAGCUAAGGCUUUGCUUGUCUGAAUGUAAAUGCAGUGAUGGGAAAAAUGGAGUCUCGGAAUUCAAUCAUGAGCGGGACUAUUUUGCCCUGUCAAUCACACUGAUUUCGUCCAAUGAGAUCUCUCUGACUUGAAGGAAUGAAUCUCUUAUUGGCUGAGCACGGUAGCCCUUGUUCCCCAGCACUGGAAUUUGGAUGUGUGUGUGUGUGUGUGCGUGUGUGUGUGUGUGUGUGUGUGUGUGUGUGUGCGUCUGUGUGUGUGUGUGUAUGUGUCUGUGUGUGUAUGUGUCUGUGUGUGUUUGUGUGUGUGAUGUGUGUGUGUGUGCGUCUGUGUGUGUAUGUGUCUGUGUGUGUAUGUGUCUGUGUGUGUUUGUGUGUGCGUCUGUGUGUGUAUGUGUCUGUGUGUGUAUGUGUCUGUGUGUGUUUGUGUGUGUGAUGUGUGUAACACUGUGGAUGUAAAUUAACACCCAGUCAUGGUUCCUCUCCCCCUCCACCCUUGCAGAGAGAGGACACCCAUGUAAGUCUGGCUCCAACCUGACCCUCAGAACACUGUCAAUACUAAUGGCCCAACCCUAACUUGAGAUAUACAUCAAACUCCUAACUCAAACUUUCAUGCAAAUCUUGUAGAACAAAGAAGGAUGUAAAAACGCUGCAGGGAUAAACUGUUAUGUCUUUGUAGAUUUAAGGUGGUCUCUGAUUAAGGGCCCUGUUCAGUAGAACAACAUCUAAAUGAUUAUUUUACUCCCUGACAAUGGCUUUGCCGAGAUUGUUUUCAGAUUUUCUUCUAUUGAACAUUCCAUUAUAAUAAUAUAAUUGAAUUAUAUGAAGAGUACCUUGAUUCUCCUUGUUCUGUCUCUCAUUAACAUCAAUACAGAAACUGUAUGAAACUUUGAGCUACUUGCAGAUGUACGUACUUACAGAUCCUCCUCAGUUAAUUGUGGCCCAGCAGUGACCACUUCAAACUCUUGACGAUCUCAGUGUGUGCAUGUAAUUCAGCAUGACUGUGUGACUAUAAGGUGAGAGUAACGGUGGUACGACUUCGGACUGUAUUCAAUCAAAAACAUUUAGUUGAUUGAUUGAAUAUGGCCCAUUGAGUGACCAUAUCCAAUCUGACCGGUGUAAGCCUGAUUUUGUGACCAGGUUAGCAUGAAUGUGUUAUUAAUUUGCAUGUAGGGUUAAAUAUGUUGCUCCAGGUGAACUGUUGUGCUGACUAUAUACAGUAGGCCAUGUUAGUAUGACCUUUAUGUCUAUCUAUUAGAUUGACUAAGGCUACACCUCAAAUGGCACCCUAUUCCCUGCCUAGUGCACUACUUUUGCAUGUGACCAUGAUCAGAACAAGUGCACUAUACAGGAACAGGAUGUCAUGUGAUAUUUGGCCUUAUUCGUUUAGAUGUUGACUCUUACCAGUUAGUCAUAUAUUGUAGUAGGGUAUUUUAGAAGUGUCUUCAUUCCUUUGUUUGUUCACUAAACUAAAAGUAUGACAAUGAAAAGGACAACCCAAACAUUCUCUAAGUCAAGGUUACUUUCAUAUUCUGUUUCAUUGUGGUCUCGGUAUAAGAUAUAAAAUCUCAUCCUACCUUGCUGUUGGUCUCAGGACACGCACAGACACAAUAUAAAGCAAUCUGUCACAACUAGACAGGGAAUAAUGAGUUCCCAUAGUGACCAUGUGAUGGAAUGGAAGGCAGCAGCAGGGGGUUAUCCAGGUCCAUUUCAUUUGGAGCCAGCUGCAUUUUACACAAUGUCACUGGCUGUGUCUCAAAUGGCUCUACUUUUGACCUGAGCCCUAUUGAGCCCUGGUCAAAAGUAGUGCACUAUACAGAGAAUAUGGUGCCAUUUGGGACAGAGACACUCUAUCAUACAUCUAAUCAAAUAGCCAGACUGCCUCUAUCUAGAGUAUAUACUGGGAGAGAAUAGCUGAGGGCCACAGUGUCAGGAACAAAGCUCACCUCUGCUGCGUUACCCCUACCAAUGGACCGGGCCAGAUGGAGUCUAGAGAGGGUUUUCUGUCUUCUUGCCACUAGCUUUCAAGAGUUGAUGAAUGGUUCUGCUUCUUGUCAUGUUUUGUUGCAGUUUUACAUGUUUAUUCAUUCCAUAGGUGUCUAUUAUUUAAAACCAUGUUAGGAGGCUCAAUGAACAUAUGCCUCUGUUCUCUCACUCUUUCUCUCUCUUUCUUUCUUUCUCUCUCUCUCUCUCUCUCUCUCUCUCUCUCUCUCUCUCUCUCUCUCUCUCUCUCUCUCUCUCUCUCUCUCUCUCUCUCUCUCUCUCUCUCUCUCACUCUCUCUGUUCGUACUAUUUUCCCAUCUUCCCCAUUUUAACUGUUUUAAUGUACUGUAUUGCAAGUUGACUUCAUAUGCCUCACCCUCUUCUUUAUAUCCAUCCGUCCUGCUAUCUCUAUUCUGCUCUCUAUCCCCACCUCCUUUCCUCUCUCCCCUCCCUCUCUCCCUCCAGUCAUCUUCAAGGAGGUGAACACCUGUAACCCAGCAACCAUCACCGGGACCCUCUCCCGUAUCUCCCUUGAUGAAGAGGACGACCUCAAGCUGUCGGCCCACCAGGAAGGGGGCCUAGGGGUCAACUUCAGCUCCCUCCCCGGAAACAUCCCCCCUCCUAACCUACUCGUCCAGGUGAGGGACUGAUUGGAUGGAAUGGAUGGAUGGGAAAUGGGCGGAUGGGCAAUGGGAUUAAAUGCAAAAAAAAAACUACUCACACAAUCAAAUUUUGUUUCAUUUAAGCCUAUCAGUGUGCCGGACAUUUGCAUAUACCCUCCCUCUCAGGGCUGUUGGGGCAUUAGGGGCAGCAGGUAGCCUAGCGGUUAGAGAGGCGACUCAGAGGGUUGCCAGCUCGAAUCUGGCGGGAAGUGAGCUGGCAACCGGAGGGUUGCUGGUAUGAAAUCCUAGAUGCCAUUGACUGCUGUUGUGCCAUUGAGCAAGGAACAUAACCCCCCACAACAACAGAUCCCCAGCGCCCAAUGUGGCAGCCCCUCACACCUCUCCAAAACCUGAAUAUGUAUGUGUGUCUUUCGGAGGGGUUGGGUUAAAGGUGGAAGUCACAUUUCGGUUGGAUUUGUACAUUGACCAAUAAAGUGAUUUUAAUAUUACUAUUUUUUUUAACCAGAAAUGAAGUAAAACACUAUACAGUAAAUAGGCUUUAGUGAUAUCAGUGAUAACUCAUCUAUAGUGUAUUUAGUGAUAUCAGUGAUAACUAAUCUAUAGUAUCUUUAGUGAUAUUGGUGAUAACUAAUCUAUAGUGGCUUUAGUGAUAUCAGUGAUAACUGAUCUAUAGUAUCUUUAGUGAUAUCAGUGAUAACUAAUCUAUAGUAUCUUUAGUGAUAUAUCAGUGAUAACUAAUCUAUAGUGGCUUUAGUGAUAUCAGUGAUAACGGAUAUAUAUUGUAUUUAUUGACAUCAGUGAUAACUAAUCUCUAGUAUCUUUAGUGAUAUCAGUGAUAAUUAAUCUAUAGUGGCUUUAGUGAUAUCAGUGAUAACUAAUCUAUAUUGUAUUUAGUGAUAGCAUUUAUAACUCAUCUAUAGUGUAUUUAGUGAUAUCAGUGAUAACUCAUCUAUAGUGUAUUUAGUGAUAUCAGUGAUAACUCAUCUAUACUGUCUUUAGUGAUAUCAGUGAUAACUAAUCUAUAUUGUAUUUAGAAAUAUCAGUGAUAACUAAUCUAUAGUAUCUUUAGUGAUAUUGAUGAUAACUAAUCUAUAGUGGCUUUAGUGAUAUCAGUGAUAACUAAUCUAUAGUAUCUUUAGUGAUAUCAGUGAUAACUCAUCUAUAGUAUCUUUAGUGAUAUAUCAGUUGAUAACUAAUCUAUAGUAUCUCUAGUGAUAUCAGUGAUAACUAAUUUAUAUUGUAUUUAGUGAUAGCAUUUAUAACUCAUCUAUAGUGUAUUUAGUGAUAUCAGUGAUACCUCAUCUAUAGUGUAUUUAGUGAUAUCAGUGAUAACUCAUCUAUACUGUCUUUAGUGAUAUCAGUGAUAACUAAUCUAUAUUGUAUUUAGAAAUAUCAGUGAUAACUAAUCUAUAGUAUCUUUAGUGAUAUUGGUGAUAACUAAUCUAUAGUGGCUUUAGUGAUAUCAGUGAUAACUAAUCUAUAGUAUCUUUAGUGAUAUCAGUGAUAACUAAUCUAUAAUAUCUUUAGUGAUAUCAGUGAUAACAGAUCUAUAUUGUAUUUAUUGACAUCAGUGAUAACUAAUCUAUAGUAUAUUUAGUGAUAUCAGUGAUAACUAAUCUAUAGUGGCUUUAGUGAUAUCAGUGAUAACGGAUCUAUAUUGUAUUUAUUGACAUCAGUGAUAACUAAUCUAUAGUAUCUUUAGUGAUAUCAGUGAUAAUUAAUCUAUAGUGGCUUUAGGGAUAUCAGUGAUAACUAAUCUAUAGUAUCUCUAGUGAUAUCAGUGAUAACUAAUCUAUAUUGUAUUUAGUGAUAUCAAUGAUAACUAAUAUUUAGUGAUAUCAGUGAUAACUAAUCUAUAUUGUAUUUAGUGAUAUCCGUGGUAACUAAUCUAUAUUGUCUUUAGUGAUAUCAGUGAUAACUAAUCUAAAUUGUCUUUAGUGAUAUCAGUGAUAACUAAUCUAUAUUGUCUUUAGUGAUAUCAGUGAUAACUAAUCUAUAUUGUAUUUAGUGAUAUCAGUGAUAACUAAUCUAUAUUGUCUUUAGUGAUAUCAGUGAUAACUAAUCUAAAUUGUCUUUAGUGAUAUCAGUGAUAACUAAUCUAUAUUGUCUUUAGUGAUAUCAGUGAUAACUAAUCUAUAUUGUAUUUAGUGAUAUCAGUGAUAACUAAUCUAUAUUGUCUUUAGUGAUAUCAGUGAUAACUAAUCUAUAUUGUAUUUAGUGAUAUCAGUGAUAACUAAUCUAUAUUGUCUUUAGUGAUAUCAGUGAUAACCAAUCUAUAUUGUAUUUAGUGAUAGAAAAAAAAUUGCUAUCUAGAACCUAAAAGGGUUCUUCGUCUGUCCCCAUACGAUAACCCUUUGAAGCCCUUUUUGGUUCCAGGUAGAACUCUUUUGGGCUCCAUGUCUACCUGGAACCAAAAAGGGUUAUCCUAUGGGGACAGCUGAAGAACCCUUUUGGAACCCUUUUUUCAAAGAGUGUAUUUAGUGAUGUCAGUGAUUUUCUAGUCCCUCCUGUAGCUCAGUUGGUAGAGCAUGGCGCUUGCAACGCCAGGGUUGUGGGUUCGAUUCCCACCGGGGGCCCAGUAUGAAAAAUUUAUGCAGUCACUAACUGUAAGUCGCUCUGGAUAAGAGUGUCUGCUAAAUUACUAAAAUGUAAAUAAUAUAUUUAGUGACGGCUCCUUUAAUGUGAGUUCCCCGUCCCACCAUGCAGGUGCCCCCGCUGGGUGUUCUGAAUGAGCUGAGUGACACCCCUGUGAAGAAGGAGGUGAACGUGGAGCAGCAGAUGCACCAGGGGAACCCCAGGAACACGGCGCCUGUCUACCUGUGCACCGAGAGCGGGAUGGGCUGGUCUCGACCGCCCCCUCCUCCCAACACUCUGGAUGGACCUGGUGGGGGAGGGGAGGGGGACUAUAUGGUGUUACCCCGUAGGACGGUCAGUUUAAAACCCCCUCUGCCCCCAGGGCUGGGCCUGGGGCUGGGGGGUGAGGACAAGCCGCUGAGCAUCGCAGUGGACGACCCGCCUUUCCCCCCGCCCCCAUCGCCCAUGACCCUCCACCCGGUGGAGAGCGAGGCCUACCCGGCUGACUUCAUCUCCCCCAGCGACCACAACAUGAACAUGAACAUGGACAUGAACAUGAACCUGUUCUUACGGGACGCUCAAGCAGCUCCCCGUGCACGGGGGUCACGGUCCCCAGGGCCACAUGCACGCUCCAGGCGUCCACAUCCACGGAGGCCACAUGCACGGCUACGGGCACUCGCUGCAGCUGAAGCCGGGCCAGAUGCCGUCGGUGAGGCAGAUUCUAACAGGAGGGGGAGGCACGGUGGAGCGCACCCUGACCAUGCCACGCAACCUGGGCAGCACCAACACUAACACCAGCCUCUCCGCUGGCUCCCUGGAGGUAAAGAGAGAGGGAUGGAGGGACGGGAGGAGAGAGGGGUGGAAAAGUGUUUUCAACCAG